AUUCCAUCACGUGAAAACGUAACACCAGGCACUGAUUGCUCCACUCACUUGUCAACCUGCAGUGUAAACAUGAAGCUCUCCAUUAUCAUCACAUCAUUGCUCUUCAUCACUCCCACCAUCUACUCUGCUCCUGCAGACUUUGAUUUGGAGCAAAUUGCUGCAUUUGUUAACAGGCAGCAGACGACAUGGCAAGCGAGCAGCGAGCGUUUCCGUGGUGUUCCAGCUCAGGUAUUGAAGGGUAUGAUGGGUACACGUCUGGAUCAGGACUAUGAGAGGCAGAAGAGUGCGUUUCCGGUUGUGCGUGACGUCAGAGAGGACGUGCCAGAUACAUUUGAUGCGAGAAUGCAGUGGCCGAAUUGUCUGUCGAUUGGUGAUAUUAGGGAUCAGAGCGCGUGCGGAAGCUGCUGGGCUUUUGGUGCUGUUGAGGCAAUGAGUGAUCGUUAUUGCAUUCACAUGAACAUGAUGCUGAACAUCUCAGCUGAAGAUCUUAACGACUGCUGUAGAACUUGCGGAAGCGGCUGCCAUGGUGGAUUCCUACUAAUGGCUUGGGAAUAUUGGGUGAAGCAUGGCAUCUCCACAGGUGGUCAGUAUGGUAGUCAUUCAGGGUGCAAACCAUAUUCCCUCCCUCAUUGCGAGCAUCACAUUUCCGGUCCUUACCCAAACUGCUCGCAUGAAUAUCCAACACCUCACUGUGAGAAGGAAUGUGAGUCUGGAUACGAAAAAUCGUACGAGAAUGAUCUUCACUUUGGCAAGUCAGCAUAUCAAGUGCAUCGCUCGGUUGAAGCUAUUCAGACUGAAAUUAUGACUAAUGGACCAGUUGAGGGUGCAUUCACAGUUUAUGCUGACUUUCCUACUUACGCAGGAGGAGUGUAUAGACAUACAACUGGAAAGAUGUUGGGAGGUCAUGCCAUCAGGAUUCUCGGUUGGGGAUCAGAAAAUGGAACACCUUAUUGGUUGGUUGCAAACUCUUGGAAUCCUACCUGGGGACUGCAGGGAUACUUCAAGAUUCUUCGUGGAGAAAAUGAGUGCGGCAUCGAACAAAACAUUGUUGCUGGAAUGCCAAAGAGCUAAGAAUGAUUGGAGUAGCGUUGACUGAUCGAGCAAACAGUUGUGCUCAGGUGACAACUUGAUCUAACAUUUGAUCUAAUAUGAUGUGUUGCUGGCAAAUUUUGAUGUGAGUUUUUAGUAUGUGGCUUGUGUUGCAAACUAUUGUCAUGCGAAUAUUUGUAAUUGAAUGUUUUAUUGCGCGCAAGGCUUUUAAAUGGAAUCUUAUACUUAUUUUUUAAUGUAGCAUUUUCAUAAGGCAAAGUUGUUGAACUGCA